AUGGAUAUUGAAAACAUGCUAGUUAUUUUAAGAGAAGACUUGAGAGAAGAGCUUUCUGAUUGCGUACCUGCACCUGCCUCGGGAGUUAUUAUAACAGCAGAAGACUUUAAUGAUGGCAAUGAUGACCGUUUAUCGGACAAUUCACAAGAAGUUUUACAUGUAAUUCCUGAAAAUAAGAAUAUUAAACAAAACAGGAUGGUAUACACUGAUGCUGAAAUAGCGAAGUUUUUGACUGAAUUUGAUACCUCUGACGUUUAA